ACUCAAGAUCUCCAAAAUCACAAUCAACACCAUACCCAAGUAACUUUGCCCCCGCAUACCGUUAUAAAUCAGAACCACCACAACAACCAAAACCAGCACCAAUACUACAACCAAUUCCAAUUUCACCAACAAUACCAAACUCACCAUACCCAUACAAUUUUGUUCCAGCAUACAGAUAUCAAAAAGUUUCAACAUCUACACCAGUAUCAACAACAACCAAAUCAGAAACCAGUUCAUCUUCAAGUUUAAACUUAUCUGGUAAUCCAACAGAUAAAAAAGAAUCAACAACAAAUAUCUUUGGCGGAAAAACCUCACCUUAUCAAUUAAAAUCAUUAAAGCAAAAAGAUAGCGAUAAAGAGGAAUUAUUAAAUCAAAUUGAAAAAAUAUUGAAUCAAGAUAAUAAAGAAUUAUUAGAUCAACUAGACUCACUUGAUAAUAAUAAUCAAAAUAAACAACACGACAAUCUUGAAUAUGAAAAUCAAAUUAACAAAUUAAAAGAAGAAUUAGAAUCAGUAAAAGACAAAAGUACUGAAGAAAUUAACCAAUUAAAAGAAGAAAACAAAAAAUUAAAACAUCAAUUUGAAUCAUUAAAUAAUCCUCUUCAAAACAACUCCCAAUAUGAAAAUGACAUCGCUCAACUAAAAGAAGAACUGGAAUCAUUGAAACAACAACAAGAAAAAGAAAAGCAAGACAUUCAUCAAGAAUUUAAAUCCCAAAUUAACAAACUAAAUGAUGAAAAUAAUCGUCUAAAAGAAGAUUUAGGAUCAUUACAAGAAAAUUAUGAACAACAAAAAUCUCUUCACAGUGGUGAUCCAACUCAAACUCCAACCCCAACUCAAACUCCGAUUCCUACCCCACAACCAGCACAACAAUCAACUCGCAUAGCUGCAUCCACCUAUCCAAAACUAUUUGCACCAGAAUCCAAAUACCAUUUUACAGGUGCACCAUCUAAAGGGGAAAAAGUAGGAAAAAUAUCUAUUAAAAUAUUUAACGAAAAACUCGGAGAAUGGGUAGAUUGUCCCCCAAAACCACCAGUAACACUACUUUCAUUUUUAGGCAAUUUUAUUUUUUUACAUAUUUUAGAAUUAUGGGAAAAAAUAAAAAAUUAUGUCUAA